UCUAGAUCCCUCUUUCCUCUUCAUAGUCUUACUCAUUGACCGACUCGCAUAUAAAUCCAAAUCCAAAAUGGCCUUUCGUUAUGUUAGGCAAAUUAAAUUACAACCCAAAAGCCCAUCUUGUAGCAAGCCGCAAUGUCACCCACAUGCCAGAGGAGCCCAUCCAUGUUGUCCUGAGCUCCAGCACAACGAUACAAGUAACUUUUUUUAACCAUAACUUUCUUUUUAUUACGAUUAAUUAGCUCCCUGCACUCCCUCACCUCACAGGUGUUUUCAAUUCCUCUGGCUAAUUAGACCUCCUGUUCCCUAAAAUGGAUAACAGUGCCACCUGAGGGCUUCAGGAUCAUAUUAACAUUCAAAUUGCUAAAGUUGACGUGCUUGCUAGCUUGUUUUUCCACGAUCCCCGUCUGAUACCUGCUAAAUGAUCGCUAAAAGAGAGUGGGAACCCUGAUGUCAUACCUUCUCACAUGGUCGCGUGAACAUCACAAAAUACAACAUGCGAAGGAUGGCGGAGGAGAUACAACCUAACAUGGAGCAGAGGCUUGUGCAUGUCUGCUGUCUGAGUCACAGCUCCUGGAUGUUAAGUUGGCUUCCUUCUUGGUGCCCCACUUCUCCCUCUCAGCUGAAAGAUGCAGAGGAAAAGAUGCUCAAGAGUGUGAAGCGGACAUUCUCCAGGCAGCACGUCCGGAUAUCCAACAGCAACUAUCUGUGGACCUUAGCUUUUUCCACUCAGCAACAGCCAUGCUCUCUCCCCCAGCCCCCUGCCUGCCCCAGGUCUCCUCUGGUUCUGCUGCAUGGCUUUGGAGGCGGGGUUGCCCUUUGGGCCCAAAACCUGGACUCUCUCUCCAGCAGUGGACCGGUCUACACUCUAGAUCUGCUGGGUUUCGGCAGGAGCAGUCGCCCCCAGUUCACCAGCGACCCAGUGGGGGCUGAGCAGCAGUUUGUGGCUGCCCUGGAGGAGUGGAGGGAGAAGGUGGGACUGGAGGAAAUGGUGCUGCUGGGACAUAACCUUGGAGGAUACCUGGCUGCUGCCUACACACUCAAAUACCCACACAGGGUGAAACAUCUGCUGCUAGUGGAGCCAUGGGGGUUCCCAGCACGUCCAGAGAACCCCAACCACAACUCCAUCCCAGUGUGGAUCAGAGCCAUGGGGGCUGUUAUGAGCCCCUUCAACCCUCUGGCUGGACUCAGACUGGCUGGGCCUCUAGGUCCGAUGCUGGUCCAGACAAUCAGGUCAGACUUCAAGCAGAAAUACUCGACUGUGUUUGACGACAACACAGUAUCUGACUACAUCUACCAUCUGAAUGCUCAGACUCCAAGUGGAGAAACCGCCUUCAGGAACAUGACCAUUCCCUACGGCUGGGCUCAGAGGCCCAUGCUGGAGAGGAUCGGCCAAGUCCAGGCUGACAUUCCCAUCUCCUUCAUCUAUGGAUCACGCUCCAGCAUUGACAGCGACUCUGGAUAUGCGUUGAAGAAAACCAGACCAGAUGUGCAAAUCACGGUGAUCAGAGGAGCAGGCCAUUACGUUUUUGCAGACCAGCCCGUUGACUUCAACAAGACAGUCCUUCAAAUCCUCGCUAGGACGGCGAAGAAAAGACUGCAUGAGGGAACGAAGCAGCGAGAGCUCCCUCAUUCAGACGACACGCAGGAGGUCACGGGGUUCAAGUAGCCCAAACCCCGUACACAGCCUCGGCUGUUUAACUGUACGACUCUUUAUCAUGCAUCGACUCUUAAAAGAGAAAUAAACCAUCGCUGACUUGGGAAACUUCACGUCAGCGUCUAACACUCCCUAAGGCUUUGGAUCCAAGGUCAGAAUAUGCCACGGAUUUCUUUAUCCAACAUCGAUAAGGUUUUGUAAAUAAAUGUGAGAUGCAGUCUGUUUUGCUCACUUAGUAUUUUUCCUUAGAGCAGUCGGUGCAAAAUUGCAUCUAUUUAGAAAUACUGAGUUGGGAAAUCAUCUCUCAGGAGAAUAUCUUGUUUUGGGUUGAGAUCCAAAGUACGCAGGAUGUUCUUCUUCUGACCCCUCACCCACUCCACGAGAGAUAUGAGAGAGACGGGUAGAGGGCAAAGGGCUGCUGUGUUUUUCAGGAAGCUUCCUCACUGUGACUGAGAGCUGCCAGCAGGUGGCAGCACAGUAACAGCAUGCGUACGUUACCUCCCCUCCUUUGCAGAAGGGUAACAGUGAGUCCCACACAAAGCGCCCUCACAAGCAUAUUGAGUCGAGCGACCUACUCCAGAGACCUGGACAGUGAUGCUUCAAGAGCAGCCCGACACUCGGCUCUCUGCUAAGUCACAGCUGCAGUGACAGAAUAGGGUCAGAGAUGUUUGUUGGACUAAAAAUAGGCCUUCUGUUUCAAGGGGGUCAACAUGAGUUAAACAAAUCCUUUUAUUGGGAGACAAAGUCUUGAUAGUUGGAGCAAGAAACCUACUGUUUUAAAUGGACAUGUGUCUGUUUAUGUGACGCUUUGGGGGAAAUGUACUCCAUGCACUAAAUUCAUAUUUACAUUCAACCAUUUUCACGCUGCAACACGCUGAUUCUCCCCUGGAAGAAUAGGUUACUACGAGGGAAAACAAAACCAUAAAGCCCUAUUAAAGUACUCACAAGGUUAGACGAGUGGCGUUAUUGCAAUGGACAACGUAGUUUCUCUAUUGAUUGUAAGUUUUGUCUCAACUUUCAAAGAUUAAGCUUUGCACUCCUCUGUCAGAUGAUGGAGAGUAUUAAAAAAAAAAAGAAGUAUCGAUUCAGUAGAACCACAUAUAUAUUGACAUUUGCCUACAUUACCCACAAUGCAGCUUAAUCAGAUUCAUGCUAGGUGCAGCUAAUGGAGCCUCGAGACUGGUCAGCUCACUUCUUUCCUUAACUCCACAACAUCACGUUGGUUUCCUUUUUUUAAACGUGUAGUCCUCGGCCCCAGCCCGACUGAAGUGACAGGAUUUACACAACAGGCAGUCGUGUUCCCUAAUGCCUGUAAACAUACUUUGAAGUGUACAAGAUGCCUGCCGUCAAAUGAAAGGAAGAACAAGAUUGCUAGCUGGACAUUUAACACAUUUGUUAGACCCGGCGAGUCAACCAAAUGCAAACAUAAUUUGAGUUUGUUUACGUAAUACUGUGGUUAGAUGGUUUUAAAGGCUGACGAUAGACUUGAUAACCUGGACAUGUGUUAGAUGUUAGAUCUGCCCGUCUGUCAUUUCUAAGACAUCAACCCGGCCCACCCGAACUGUCUCUUGGCAACAGGGUAGCCACGGAGACAAGUGUUUCGGAUCUGCGACCUGCAGGAAGUGAUGCUGUGGUAAUUAUGGGUUGCUUGUUUCCUUGAAGACGCAGGCUGGCUGCUUGUCAAGGCAGAGAGGAACAUGCAGCGGGAGCUACAUGUGUGCAGCCUCUGUGCUGAGAUGUGCACACACACUGUGCCCUGGCCUCUGUCCAUAAUACUCACUUAAUAAGCCUGCAGGCUUAUUCAUCACAUCUCUGUAUCUCUGUCACCCACUCAGUCACAUGGCCAUGAAAUCAUUUCAUUAGGAAAAGUGACAGGAGCUUUCAUACUGGGUUUGGAUAUAAUUGAAAGCUUGAAGGCCUGAAAUAACUGCACAUGAAAGAUGUGCGCGCACGGAAACACACACUGUUGCACUGCUGCUGGCAACUUAUCAGCUCUCCGUUUAUCUUUAAUCAGUACCACCACAUACAGGUUUGUGCAGCCAAAGCUCCGUUUUAAAGGCUAACAGUCGUAUCUCUCUCUCAUCUGCAAGAACAAAGGGAUAUUUCACAGAUUAUUCUGACUCAUUUUAUGGGUCCUAGUUAGGGAUGUACCAAAUGUCUUUUUUUUCACAUUCAAAGCUUCUACUAAGGUUUUUAAAUUAAGCUUUAAAUGUCUGUCGUCAUAUUUUAUAUAAAAAAUAAAUCCUCUCACAAAACCCUAAAGAGAGAAAGUGUUGUUGUAAACUUAAAUACCAAACAUAUGGAUUAAAGCAGGAAUAUUUAAUUACAUAACAAUAUAAUAUCUCUUUUGUUCAGUACAUUUGGAUGAAACAAUCCUUCUAGAAUCUAAUUCUACAAACAGUGUGAUAAUAAUAUUAGUGUAACCUCAUCUUUAUCUGCAACUAUGCAGAAAUACCGGCUUCAAACACAACGAGACAAAAAGAAAGUUUCAGAUUCAACGUUCUGAAUAAAGCUUUGAACUCUUCGGUGCAGCCCUCGCUCGUGUCACUACUCAAUACGUGAACAUGAAUGAUGAUAUGAAUGAACAUGGAGUCAGUCUUUCAGAAGGCUUUCCUGCACCAGCACCAUUUGUUUAGUUUCCCCCCC